GACGAUGAUCGUCGACAAUCGUCGAGUCGUGGAGUCGCUGCCACCACGUUGCUUUGUCCUCUAGCUGCCUGUACCGGUGACCGGCGGACGCUCCGUGCUUCCUGGUUUUUCUUUUAUGUUCCUCGUGUUGAAAUUCUGCACAUGAACGAAUACAACGUCGGGCGUGUCGAGUGUAGUAGCAGCGUGAGUGCCAGAGUCGUAUACAGAUCGUAUGUCAUUCGUGAAGCGUUACGAGCUUGACGCUCGCAUCUCGUUGCUGUCUCGUUCUCGUGUUACGUUACUCGAUUCUCCGCUUGCCUCGCAAUCUUUGUUGCUCCUGAUCGGCCGCGAUCAUAUUACAUUUUGUUGGAGCUUGUAUGUAAUGUAUUAUCCGCGCAUUAUCGUGAAAUAACGGCUGCGGCUAACUGAUCGAAAAGUUAUGUUACGCCGCGCGCGACCCCCUAACGCUCGAGGUUCGUUGUUUGUCGCGACGUUAACUUCCCCGACAGCGUCGCGGGUGCGGUAUCGUAAAUUGUAAUAUAUCGUGCGACCGUUUUUAAUGUGUGAUUCGAGAACGACAAUAAGAGACAUUGUCAGCGAAAGACUACCUCCAUGGAGUAAUUUGGUCGACGUUGAAAACUCUGUUGCUGUGCAUUGUGGGUGGAUGACGACUUCAACGAGAGCUGUCAAAAGUUGUUGCGUGACAUAAUCAUAAGUUGGACGGCAACGAUAAUUGAUGCUUAGUGACAUCCAACGUAUAUAUUUCCCAAGAAAUUAAUAUGACGGCACGCUCAAUCUUACAAGUAUUUGAUCAAUAUCAGAAGGCGCGAUUGCUCUUUGUGCAAUCCGUGGCAGAUUUAGCCUCAAAACCAAACAACAUUGACUGUCUAGAAGCAGCGGGUGCGAUAGAUCUCUUACGUCCUUUAUUAGCAGAUGCUGUACCAUCCAUCCAACACGUGGCAGCAAUCGCUUUAGGCAAGCUGGCGAAUCAUAAUUCCAGACUAGCACAUGCUAUCAUAAAAAAAGAUGUGUUAUCGCAUUUGCUGAAGAACAUAGACAAACAAAAUGUACGAGCUCCUUAAAUAAAUUUUACAAGAAAGCGGCUCUGUUUGUCAUGCGAGCGAUAGCCAAGCAUUCACCGGAAUUAGCGUUGAUAGUGGUGCACAACGAUGGCUUGCAAGCUAUAGUCGGAUGCUUGGAAGAUUUCGAUCCUGGAGUGAAGGAAGCAGCAGCUUGGGCAUUAGGAUAUAUUGCAAGACACAAUAAGAGCUUGGCUCAAGCGGCAGUGGAUGUCACUGCGGUACCUCUACUCGUAUUGUGUCUGCAAGAGCCCGAAUUGUAUAUUAAACAAAUCGGCGCAUCGGCUAUCAGCGAUAUAAGUAAACACAAUAUUGAACUCGCACAAGCAGUAGUUGAUGCUGGAGCGAUUUUCUUCCUCGUAAAAACUCUGGCCAGUCUCGAUGCCAAAGUGAAGCGUCAAGCAUUAUUAGCGCUGAGUAGCAUAGCUAAGCACUCUGCAGAUUUAGCGGAAGCCGUAGUCGAAGCAGAAAUCUUGCCAAAUGUACUGCUGCAUAUGGCACAUCCGGAUGAGAAUGUCGGUAGAGUCGCGGCGAUUUUAACUAGAGAGAUCUGCAAACAUACGUUUGAGUUGGCGGAGCUUGUAGUGAAUGCCGGAGGUAUUGCCGCGCUUAUCGAAUUAAUUAACAUUUCAAAGUCGUCAGCCAGAUUACCGGCGAUCAUGGCACUUGGCUACAUCGCCGGUCAUUCCGAUCAGCUGGCCGUGGCAGUAAUAGGAUCCAAAGGUAUCGUGCAAUUAGCGGUUGUAUUGCAAGAGGAAACAGAAGAUCAUAUUCUCGCAGUGACCGUCUGGGCUAUUGGACAAAUUGGCAAGCACACGCCCGAACAUGCAAAAGCGGUUGCGGUCGCGAACGUAUUGUCCAAGUUAUUGGAGCUGCAUAACGAUCCGAAAAGUUCUGAGGACCUCAAAAUGAAAUGUUACACGGCAUUAAAACAAGUUCUGCAGAAAUGCAUGUAUGUUGAGGCCCUUGAAUCCCUGUUGCACGAUGUACCACCCAAUAUCCUGAAAUAUGUGUUGGGACAGUUUAGCAAGAUUUUGCCGAACGACGCAAGAGCGAGAAGACUGUUUGUAACAUCCGGGGGCUUGAGAAAAGUUCAAGAAAUUCAAGCCGAACCGGGCACUAUUCUAUCGGAAUACAUAACAAUUAUUAAUUGCUGUUUCCCGGAAGAGAUCGUCAGAUACUAUUCGCCUGGUUAUCCGGACAGUCUUCUGGAAGCUGUAGAGCAAUAUCAGCCGAAAUGUCUUUUCGUUUUUGAUCACAAAUCAUCGUCCGAGAAAACAGAAUCCAACUUGUCGCUUUAUAACGAUGAAGGAUGAUUCUAAAUUAUCGUUUUUCUAUCAUGUUCUGAUUGCAUAGCGAAAUGCAUUUGUGAAUAUGUAUUUAAAAAUGUUUUACUUUUCAUGAUGUCCUAAAUUGUAUUCUGAAAUAUAUUGAAAAUCUGUAAUAGUAACGUUAGAAAUCCAAGUUCAUAAAUCUUUUAAACUAAAUUUCUUAUACUGUUCAACUUUCUUUCUCUCCAACGUGAAUGGUACAGUAGUUAAGAACAACAGAUCCCAUAUAAUAUUUUCAAUAAAUUUUAGAAUAAACUUUGUGAUUACGUUAAAUAAAUAAAACAGCUUUG